CGGGAGAGCUGCUGUUCCGCUCGGACCCCCUGGCGUACACGGUGUGCAAGGGGAGCCGCGGCGUCGUGUGCGACCGCUGCCUGCUCGGGUUCUGUGUGGCCUGGGGACACGAAGAUGAACGGGACAUCCUUAAGAAUCCUUUUGGAGCAGAUCAAGUGAGAGAUAAUUACAGUAUAUCAAAAGGACUUAACUGGAGGUGCAACUCAUGUGCUGUGGGGGCCUAAGUUAUUUGGGUGCCACGGUGCGCUUUGCCAUUUAGUGGCUGUGCCCCCACGUCUGACUCUUAACCGCCUAUCUAGAUGGAAGAAUUCAUGCGAAAGUGUUUUGGAAGCCGGGAAGCGCUGUGCCAGUUAGAGAGCUGCGCAAAAGCGAUUUAUGGAAAUGUGCAACAUACAUACACAGUCAUAGGAGUUGCAUUCAAUCAGCACAUGUUACUGAGCUUCUACCACGUGCAAGGGGGAAGAACUGUGUUUUGAGAUAAGUGGGAUGAUUUUGUGCAUGGCUGUUUUUCAGACCUGUCAGUCUGAGCUUGGGGUGGGUGGAGGUUGGGAGGUAAGUGCAAAACUCUUAUCUGUAAUUUGAACGUUAAUCUUACUUUGUUCCUGUUUGAUUUAUGAUUAAGGAAUUUGACUUUGCAUUUUAAAAUUACCAAUUAUUAAUAUCUGUUGCUAUCUGAAGUAAUGAUAACUACAAAAAAUCUGUUGAGAGAGCACCUGGAAGUUUUUAUAAACUGUGUGGUUGAAAACAGUUCAUUCCAUUUAAGACUUGACCAUUUGCUCAAAGUCCUGAUGUUUAAAGUCAUAGAUCUUUGAUUCUCUUUCAGGCAGAUUGGGCUCUUCAUCCUGUUAAAUCCUUUGGCAUAUAUCCAGAGUUUGAAUGUCCAGCAUAGAGAAGUUACUGUUUCUUAAGCCCUGUAAUAUUAAUUGAUGGAGAAGAUGUGGGUCAUCUUGCAGAUAGAAUCCGAUUACCAUGUUAUUUAGUACUUGCAGCAGAAAAGUUUUGAAAUGAAUAAAUGGUGACAUCUUAGAAACUGAAUCAUCAGAGCUGAACUUGAGUCAUAUGACACAUGGAAUUAACCGUUUUCCAAAAUAAACUGCACAAACCCUUUGUGGGUGGGAUGCUUCUUGAUUUACCAUGCUAUUUCAUUACUACUGUCUGUCAUGCAUUUUUCUUAUUUGCAAGAAUGGUAGUGAUUUGAACAAAAUAGUUUCGUGAAAGGGUAUUUGAGAGUGUUGCUUUAAAGUCUAGAGAAACCUCGAUCUGAACAUGGGCAGGAACCAAGUCAAAAUUGCACUAUAGAAGUAGUUGGGCUGGAGGCUGGGGAGCAUUUCACUUCUGUUGCCUGAUAGUAUUGCAUUCUGCAGCUUGUACCACCAGCACCAUAGACACUGGACUCUGCUGUUGAUGCUGAUCUUUGGGAAGCUGACUGUUGCUGGAAAGUUAUUCCCUCAACCAUUGCUCUUUGUGAUGUUAGCUUCUGAUUUUAAGUUCUCAGUGAGAGUCUUGAAUUGGCUGAACUUUGGUCAUUGCCUGUACUUUUAACUGCAAGGGAAGUUGAGAAGGAAGGAAAAGCUGAUGCGAUGUUCUCAAUGCCGAGUUGCCAAAUACUGCAGUGCUAAGUGUCAGAAAAAAGCUUGGCAACACCACAAGCGGGAAUGCAAAUCUCUUAAAAGCUGCAAACCCAGAUAUCCUCCAGACUCUGUCCGACUUCUUGGCAGAGUUGUCUUCAAACUUAUGGAAGAAACACCCUCAGAAUCAGAGAAACUUUACUCAUUUUAUGACCUGGAGUCAAAUAUUAACAAACUGACGGAAGAUAAAAAAGAGGGCCUCAGGCAACUUGCAAUGACAUUUCAGCAUUUCAUGAGAGAAGAAAUACAGGAUGCUUCUCAGCUGCCACCUUCCUUUGACAUUUUUGAAGCCUUUGCAAAAGUGAUCUGCAACUCUUUCACCAUCUGCAAUGCGGAGAUGCAGGAAGUCGGCGUUGGCCUGUACCCCAGUAUGUCUUUGCUCAAUCACAGCUGUGACCCCAACUGUUCAAUCGUGUUCAACGGGCCCCACCUCUUACUGCGAGCUGUCCGAGACAUCGAGGUGGGGGAGGAGCUCACCAUCUGCUACCUGGACAUGCUGAUGACCAGCGAGGAGCGUCGCAAGCAGCUGAGGGACCAGUACUGCUUCGAGUGCGACUGUGUCCGAUGCCAAACACAGGACAAGGAUGCUGAUAUGCUGACCGGCGAUGAGCAAGUGUGGAAGGAAGUGCAAGAAUCCCUGAAAAAAAUUGAAGAGCUGAAGGCGCAUUGGAAGUGGGAGCAGGUUCUGGCCCUGUGCCAAGCGAUCAUCAGCAGCAACUCGGAGCGGCUCCCCGAUAUCAACAUCUACCAGCUGAAGGUGCUCGACUGCGCCAUGGACGCCUGCAUCCACCUCGGCCUGCUGGAGGAGGCCUUGUUCUACGGGACGCGGACCAUGGAGCCCUACAGGAUCUUCUUCCCGGGAAGCCAUCCCGUGAGAGGCGUGCAAGUGAUGAAAGUCGGCAAACUGCAGCUCCAUCAAGGCAUGUUUCCGCAAGCCAUGAAGAACCUCAGGCUGGCUUUUGAUAUUAUGAGAGUGACACACGGAAGAGAACACAGCCUGAUUGAAGAUUUGAUUCUACUCUUAGAAGAAUGUGAUGCCAAUAUAAGAGCAUCCUAAGGGAACCCAGUCGGAGGGGAAAGAUGGCUCAUACCUUUAUUGAAUGCCUUAUGGAGGUCACACGCUCUAUCCUUUGUUUGAUGUGUGAACCUCUCCUGUUGGAAAUGCUGUUCUGUGUUUAUGUAGGUAAAUAAGGGCAGACAUACGGUUUGCAAACCACAAGAACCAUUAGUUGUAGAGAAGCACGAUUCUAAUAAAUUCAAGAAAUGUGGU